CUAUAAAUACUUUACGUUUUGCCAACCAAAUGUAUUGGGCUGGUCGUUGUAAUCGUGAUAAACCGCCGUGCAAAUAUUUUCAUCCACCACAGCAUUUGAAGGAUCAAUUAUUGAUAAAUGGACGAAACCAUCUUGCCUUGAAGAAUGCACUGAUGCAACAGAUGGGUAUGGCAACUGGACAGCAAGUCAUACCGGGACAAGUGCCAGCAGUGCCUCUUGUCUAUUUGCAGGCCACAAAUCCCUACUUAACUGGCAUACCGGCCAAUCCAUACCCUAGUCCAUACUAUCCGCCUGGAACUUUAGUGCCUGCAUUACUCGGACCAGAUCACACACAGUUGGGUCAGGUGGUGCCACAAACGGUGCAAGUGGCACAACAGAAAAUCCCACGUUCCGAUCGAUUAGAGGUUUGCCGUGAAUUCUUGCGGGGCGCCUGUAAGCGCGCCGAAUCGGAGUGUCGUUUUGCGCAUCCGCAGGAUAGCGUCGCCCGGCACGAUGACGGCUCGAUCACGGUGUGCAUGGAUGCCGUGAAGGGUAGAUGCACGCGCGACCCAUGCCGCUACUUUCAUCCCCCCUUGCAUCUGCAGGCACAAUUAAAAGCGGCGCAAACGCGCGCCACUGCUGUCGCUACUGCGCAUCAUCAUUCGACCGCCACUAUCCCGACGUCCGCUGCCGUCGUCGCUGCUGCAGCCGCAGCUGCCCAACAGCAAGCCGCUCAAGCCCAAGCUCAGGGUACAUCGCAGACGAAUGCCGCCAAUGCUGCUGCCGUUGCCGCUGCCGCUGCGCUCGCCAUGAGUGCGGGCGCUGCCGGUGGUGGGGUGGGAGCGAGCGCUGGCGCUCAUCAUGUGCAGCAUCAUCACCAUCAUCAGCUAGAAGUGGGCAAGAAGCGUGCCGCUGCGGACAAUGACAUGUUGCAACUGAUGGAUGUUAAAACGGUUGGUUCAUUUUACUAUGAAAAUUUCGCUUUCUCCGGCAUGGUACCGUUCAAGCGUCCCGCUGCCGAAAAAUCCGGCAUUCCAGUGUAUCAGCCCGGCGCGACCACCUACCAACAACUCAUGCAACUGCAACAGCCGUUCGUACCAGUGUCAUGUGAGUACCAAUCUCAAAAUGGUGGGGCGCCAUUGAGCGCCACUGCCACUACUUCUACUUUGAGUACUUCUACUACUACUACUACUACUACCAAUAUGAAUCCAUAUAAUGCUACUACUGCAACAGCAGCAGCAAAAGCAGCCGCAGCAGCAGCCGCACCAACAACAACAACAGCGGUGGGCACAAUCGGUGCCGCCUCAUUAUUAGGUGCUAGUAUCACUACAACACAACAACAUCACUUAAACCACCACCACCUCCAACAACAACAACAACAACAGUUACACAACCAACACUUGCAACAGCAACAACAAGUACAGCAACAGCAGUUGCAUUUGUUGCCACCACCUCCACCAACCACAGCAAUAGCAACCACCACUUCCAAUUAUCAUUUACACCAUCAUUACAAUAGCAAUAGCACCCUGUAUAAUAACAACAACAAUAUGAAUAAUAAUCAAGACAAUAGCAAUACUAGUUCCCUAACACCCCCUACCUCCACCUCCCCAUCCACAGCCAACACUCACUCAUCCAAGCACACAGAACCAUUGCAAACAACACCACCACCACCACCAGAACAGACAGCAGCGUACUCCACUACAACGACAACAGCUGAUGUUAGUAGUUUGUAUGAGACAAGUAGUAGUAGCGCACACAUACAGGCUAGUAAUAACGGUAAUGAAAACAACGGUAACGAUGUGAGUAGCAAUGGCUCGUCGCCACCACCGCCACCGCCGUCAUCGUCGUCUUCGUCCUCGUCGCCAACAGCAGCAACAAUUUCAUCGACAUAUUUGCCAUACAACAAUGGCGACGCUAAUAUGGCUAGUAGCAACAACAAUAACAACAAUGUAUUAUAUGUGAAUAAUAAUAUUUUGAGUAGCGCUAGUAAUAAGUUAGUGCCCGAAACAACAACACCUACAGUAGCCGUCACAACAGCAGCAGCGGCAGAAGAACGCGACAAUGAAAGUGCUGGUGGCGCCUCUGACAGCGCAGAUGCAGCUGCAUCUACAGUUGUAGGCACAAGCAUAAUAACAACAACUACCAAUAGCAGCACAAUUUCUACUGCUGCCGCUGCUGCUGUUGGUGCACACACCUUAGACACCAUAACUACAGCAACAACAUUGGCACUAACACCCCACACAGCCAAUGCCAGCGCUAAUAGAAUUGACAGGGAAGCUAGUGAGGAUAGUAGUAAUAGCCAUAACAAUAAAAAUAAUAGCAGCAAUAGCUUUAGCUACAGCAAAUACGUCUACAAUGCUUCUGCUAAUCAAUACAGCGUCGCUAAUUCGCCCGUGAAGUAUUCCACACACAAAGCGUCUACUGCCGCUACUAAUGAUUUGGCGCACUCCUCGUACGCCGCUUAUGUUUCACAAGCAAAUGCUGCACAAGCCGCCCACGCGCAUGCCGUCGCUUCCUAUCCGUCCAGCAGCUUAUCCAAUGGCUCGCACACAGACACACAAUCUUACAGCGCGUACAAUGGCCUAAACGGUCACGCCUCCUCUGCCACCGGCAUAUUGCCCACACCACAUUCGGUAGCCUCCACGGCCGUAUCUGCCGCUUCAGCGGUAGCCUAUCAACAGGCCCAUCAGCAACAACAAAUGCUGCGUCUCUAUAAUCAAUACGCCACGGUGCCCACGAGCGCCGCCACUUCGUACGCCAGCCUAUUGGCUGCCUCACACGCUGGCUACGCCACACCAACAACCACUAUGGCGCAAAUGUCUGCGGCAGCUGGCAUGACAAUGCCUUCUUAUGCCUCAGCUUACGGCAUUACACCCUCCUCGUCUGCUGCCACUGGCACACUAACACCCACUUACGCCUACAGCGCAUACGGCGGCGCUACGCCCACCGGUUAUUAUACCGAUACAAGCGCGCUCGCCAAAGAGGCUGCACAGAAGAGCUACGUUAACGCCAUGAAGAUGGCAGCCGUUGCCAAUGCAAGCGCUUUGAGUGGUAAACCACUCACUGCUGCUGGCGCUGCCCUGCCAGCCACAGCCAGCUAUGCAGGCAUACACCUAGGCAAGGCAUAUAUGGCAGCUAUGCCUGGCAGCGCCAACGCAAUAGCUGCGCACCAACAGCAGGCUGCGUUGCUGCAACACGCGCAUGCACAACAAGCGGCGCAAUCUCAGCAAAUAGCUGCCGCACAUGCGCAACAAGCCGCCGCUGCUGCAGCAGCAGCGCAUAUGCAACGCUCGGCGUUGUCGGCAGGCUCAUUGCCCAGUUCGGGCAUGUCAACGCCUGUCGGUACGCCAGUGCAUACACCCACACCAGGCGCAGCUGCCGCCGCAGCGAGUGGUCUGUUAACUCGUCCCUCUUCGGCCGCUGGGAGUUAUAUUAGCGCAGCGCACACCGCGAUGCGUCCACAAGCAGUACAGCUGGCUGCCGGACCUGCCAAUCCACAGUACGCCGCUGCAGCCGCUGCGGCUGCUAUGCAACAGCAGGGCUUCUUCUACCCAGCCGGUAUGAUGGCCGCGCCGGCAGCGGCUGCUUAUCCGUAUGCCGCUAUUGGUGCCAUACCAACCGGCUUGCCAACGGCGGCAGGCAUACCAGCCGCGCUGUCUGGUAUGGGCGCAACGUCGGCAAGUGCGACGGGCAGUGCUAUGGUGCUGAACCCAUUCAAGAAGAUGAAGACUUCGUAAAGUAUCUGAGGAGUUGGAUAAGCGUGCGUGUACACCGAAUUACAUAGACUUACAAAUCAAACGGAUAUGACAAAAUUAUUUGUUAGCUGAGUCUAACCAGAGACGGCAAAGCGCUGCGCCUAAAUUUUUUUAUAAAAAAGCUGAACAAGAGCUUUUGCGGUGCUUUGCCAAAGCAAUUGUACUUAAAAUGUUUUACCUAGACGUACUUUACAAAUUAAAUGAGAAUUAUAAGUAUAUGUAAAUACACGUGGACUUACAAACAGAUAAUUUUAAAUUAUUGUGCCUAAUUUUUGGGUAUAACCUAAAAUGAAAAGCUAACAAAAGCUGUGAAAAGCUUACGUGGUGGGAUGAGACUAAUAAAAUAUUUGAAGAAUAUUCUUAACAACGAUAAAAUAGCAACUUUCACUGAACCUUUAACACUUUGAAACAAUACUAAGCUCAGUUAAGCUUUCACGCAAACAACAAACAAUGCUAGCAUUACGUCCAACUCUUUUGCUUAUCUUGCCCUUACUAUUCCCAUGCAAACCGAUUAUCGAAUGGGUAAAAGCUUGAGCCGAAGUGCAUUUGUAUGACCAAGCUAAUAGAAUGAGAAUUAAGUCAUUAAAUUAAUUUAGUUUAUUAACGGGGAACGUGAGAAAAGUGUUUCUCGCAAGCUCUUUGUGUAAGCACACGGCACAAUAAGCUUUCAGUUGCCAUACAUAGAACGUGAGACUGCAUUGCAAAUGCAUAUAAAAAAUUUAUCACUCAACUUUCCCCGCGAAAUGUAAGCUAAUGUGGCCUAAAAUGGGCUCUUCAUGGCUUUAUGUUACCAAUUAGCAAUUCGAGGAGCUUACACUAUAAAUCUCUGUGGCUUCCAUGGUAAGCAUAUUUAAGCUUAAUAAUAAUUUCUCAGCCCAAUUCAUGCCAUUUAAAUUGCAUAAUUUAUGUUUUAGUCAAUAAAUUUCAGU